AUGGCAGAUCCAGUCUCCUAUUCCAAGCCCAAGGUCCCACUCAAGGAGCUUCACAACACUAAGCCCAUCACCAAAACCAAAAAGUCAUCAUCAUCUUUCACUAGUCACAUCCUCUGUAAGUCUCUCGUGUUUUUGCUCUUUCUUGUUCUUAUUCCGCUAUUUCCUUCACAGGCUCCUGACUUUGUCAGUCAGUCCACUAUUUUCACAAAAUUCUGGGACCUUGCUCACCUUCUUUUCAUUGGCCUUGCUGUAUGUUAUGGCUUGUUUAGUCGUAGAAAUGUUGAAGAUUUUGAUUUUGAACCACCACCCCAGUACUCUGACGAUUCACAAUCAUCGUAUAUAUCUAGAAUUUUUCAUGUUUCUCCAAUUUUUGAAGAUGGGUCUGAGAAUUCAUCUGGGUUUGAUGACAAAAAUGUGUACCAAAAUUGGAAUUCGCAGUACUAUAGGGGUGACUCUAUGGUUAAUGGUACUGAUGGUCAUGAACUGAACAAAAUUGGAUCACAGUACUAUAAGGGUGAGCCUAUGGUUGAUUUUGCUAAUGGUAAUGAAGAAAACAAGAGUGGAUCUUUAGGUGCUGAAAAUGGCUUUGAAAAUUCAUUUGAGAAUGGUGAUAGUGAUCCGAUUCAAGCUUGGAAUUCUCAGUAUUCGCAGUACUAUAGGGGUGAGUCUAUGGUUAAUGGUGCUAAUGGUCAUGAACUGAACAAAAUUGGAUCACAGUACCAUAAGGGUGAGUCUAUGGUUGAUUUUGCUAAUGGUAAUGAACAAAACAAGAGUGGAUCUUUAGGUGCUGAAAAUGGCUUUGAAAAUUCAUUUGAGAAUGGUGAUAGUGAUCCGAUUCAAGCUUGGAAUUCUCAGUAUUUCCAGGGUGAGUCAAUGGUUGUAGUGUCUCAACCAAAUCAUUUACUUGAUGAAUAUGGUAAUCUAGGACAAGUAAAUGGUUUCAGGCCACUAGGAUUGCCAAAUUCGAGGAUUAAGAAUCUGGAUAGUUCUCAAUUUAGUAAUGGAAGUGAGUCUGGUAGAGGCUUGUCUGGCUUGGGCUUGUCUGAUGGUUCUGGAAGGAGAGUGAAGGAGAAUGAUUUUGGUGAUAUGAGUCCUACGAAUUUGGAGGCAAGAUUUAAUGAAAAUGCAGCCUUACCGUCCCAAAUUCGGUGGCAUUCGAGAUCUGAGAGGAAGGAAAUUAGAGAGAAAGUUGGUUCUUUUACUGAAGGUUCUUCACAUUUUAGGCCUCUCUCAGUUGAUGAAACACAGUUUGAGUCUCUCCAAUCACAAUCUUUUAGGUCCACGACAUCUUUGUCAUCACAAGGGAGUUCAGCGUCGUAUUCACCAACCACUCUCUCGCCCUCACACUCUGUUUCUUCUGAAUUGCCAAACUCUGAAACUGAAGAAUUAGGGGAAAACAAGAGUUAUCGUGCUUCUUAUCCUCCUACUUCUCAAUCACCGGCAACCAGGAAGGCUGAUGCUCCAUUGAAUGCAUUUCAUUUGAGGAGAUAUAGUAGCGGCUCUUUGUUCCAAAAGGAUUCACGGAAAAGCUUAAAGAAUGGGUUGAAGGAUUUGAAAGGGAAAAGAAAUGAAGACGCGGUGAGUAGUAGAGAAGCGGGGCAGGGUUCUUUGGGAUCGGAUCAGAAACCUGCAACACCUGUUAAAACUUCGUCACUAAAGGGAAAAUCUGUUAGGACUAUUAGAGCCAGUCGAUAUUCUGCAGAGACAAUGAAAGCUGGAGAGAUGAGUAGAAACCACGUUGAUGACAAGGCAGGAAAUAUAUGUGAUGAAGCUCAGACAGGAAACAUUGGAAAGAAUGAAAUGAAAAGAGGACCUGAUAAUAUGUUAAUUGGCACUGAUAAACAGAAGUCUGAUACUCAACAUUAUGUGCCAAAGCCAACCCUUUCAAAGUAUAAGAAGAAAGAAAAUGAAGUGUAUAUAGAGAGUGUUACAGUGGAUUCCACAGAAGACUCAGAGAACAAGAUUGAUAAGUCUCCAGUGAGUUCAGAUGAAGAUUCCAUGCCUGCCACUAACAAUGAUACAGGAUAUGACUCUAGCGAGGUUGAUAAGAAAGCUGGUGAGUUCAUAGCCAAGUUCAGGGAGCAGAUUAGGCUUCAGAAAGUAGCAUCUAUUGAGAGAUCAAAGGGAAAACGUAUGUUAGGUAAAAGAUAA